CGUUUUCGUUGGCAUUCACAUUCAUACGUUUUCGAGAUACAACCCUAAAAGACGAGAAGGGAAUUAUUUCUGGUGUCGGCAAAUUUGUGUGUUUGCCACAAAACUGUUUGAAAACGCAAUCUUAGCGAGGGAUAUUGAACCAGGCCGGCAGAGCGAGGUCACCGGGAAGACGCGCAAUCGAGGUCACCACCUGCACAAGCCACGAUGGGCAGCAGCGCCACGAAAACCACUGUGCCGUUCCGUGCAAUUUGUUUAUGUCUGCUGAUCGCCAGCUGCUACGUGUCGCUCUCCCAGGCGGAUGAGCACAACCACAAGUACAAUGACCGGGAGGAGGUGGUGCUUUGGAUGAACACGGUGGGCCCCUACCACAAUCGGCAGGAGACCUACGCGUACUUCUCCCUCCCGUUUUGCAGUGGCCAAAAGUCGUCGAUUUCGCACUACCACGAGACGCUGAGCGAGGCCCUCCAAGGAGUCGAGCUAGAGUUCAGUGGCUACGAGAUGGAGUUCAAAAGCGACGCCCCCAAAUCGGUCAUCUGCAUGGUCACCUUGCAGGAGGAGAGCGCCAAGGCGUUCACCUAUGCCGUGAAGAACGAGUACUGGUACCAGAUGUACAUUGAUGGCCUGCCGAUUUGGGGAAAAGUCGGUGAGCGCGACGAGCGCGAUGGCAAGUACUAUAUCUUCACGCACAAGAAGUUCGCCAUUGGCUACAAUGGCCAGCAAAUUGUGGACAUCACCCUGACCACCGAGGGUCGCGAGGAACUCAAGCCGGGCUCCCACAUUAACUUCUCCUACGAGGUCAACUGGAAUCCCAGCAAGGUGGAGUUCAAGAACCGAUUCGACAAGUAUCUGGAUCCCAACUUCUUCCAGCACAGGAUCCACUGGUUCAGCAUCUUCAACAGCUUUAUGAUGGUCAUCUUCUUGGUGGGCUUGGUGUCCAUGAUUCUGAUGCGAACUCUGCGCAAGGAUUACGCCCGGUACAGUAAGGACGAGGAGGUCGACGACAUGGAGCGCGAUCUUGGUGAUGAAUACGGAUGGAAACAGGUGCAUGGCGAUGUCUUCCGUUCUCCGCCCAACACGCUGCUCUUCUCGGCAUUGGUGGGAGCUGGAUACCAGCUGAUUUCGGUGGUUUUCUGUGUAAUCAUGUUCGCCAUAGUUGGUGAAUUGUACACGGAACGCGGCUCCAUGCUAUCUACGGCUAUAUUUGUGUAUGCCGCCACUUCCCCAAUCAAUGGAUACUUUGGAGGAUCACUUUACGCCCGACUGGGUGGACGAAUGUGGAUCCGGCAGAUGCUGGUGUCCGCUUUUACAGUUCCAGUAUCUGUCUGCGGCACGGCUUUCCUGAUCAACUUCAUUGCCAUUGGAUAUCACGCUUCGAGAGCCAUCCCCUUUGGAACCAUGGUGGCGGUCACCUGCAUCUGCCUAUUUGUCAUCCUGCCCUUGACUCUGGUGGGCACUGUCGUGGGUCGCAACUUGGACGGCCAGCCAGAUUUUCCAUGCCGCGUCAACGCUGUGCCACGACCUAUUCCCGAAAAGAAGUGGUACAUGGAGCCGCUGAUUAUUGUGCUUCUUGGCGGCGUCCUGCCCUUUGGAUCCAUUUUCAUUGAGAUGUACUUCAUCUUCACCUCCUUUUGGGCGUACAAGAUCUACUACGUCUACGGCUUCAUGUUGUUGGUGUUCAGCAUCCUGACUGUGGUCACGGUGUGCGUCACCAUUGUGUGCACCUACUUCCUGCUAAAUGCUGAGGAUUACCGAUGGCAUUGGACGAGUUUCAUGGCAGCGGGCUCCACGUCCAUUUACGUGUACGCCUAUUCCUUCUAUUACUUCUUCUUUAAAACCAAAAUGUUCGGUCUGUUCCAAACGGCCUUCUACUUUGGCUACAUGGCACUCUUCAGCGGCGCCUUGGGUAUUAUCUGCGGCACCGUCGGCUAUGUGGGCACGAAUCUCUUCGUGCGCAAAAUCUAUUCCAAUGUGAAAAUAGACUAAUGGACCCUGCGACUGCAACCCGCCCCCAGAUCUGUAUAUCAUCCUAAUCGAUUUACACUUGUAUUUAUUGCGUAGAGUUUCCGUUCUGUUUCUCAACUUUUGCUCCAGUUGGCUCUCCUCUCUUUUAGGUUUCCCACUUCUCAUGUUGGUGUGAAAAUGAAUGCCAGUCCAAUAUAUUCGCACCAAAGAUUAUAGAUUCAGUUUAACGAUGUUUACGCUAAUUACAUAUAUUACCUAAAAGAGUUCCUUCGGAAUUAUAAGUCUAGGCGCUUAAAGUGAAAAAAUGUAGGAAAGCAAUGUGAAUUGCUAGCUCUUUCUAUUGCAUUUACGUUUGGAUAGAUUUAAGAGUCAUUUAUAAAUAUUUCGCAUGAAUUUUUGUUUUGUAAUCUCUUUUUUUCCAAUUUGUUUUGCUUGUCUAAAUUACUAACCAAGCUUGCUUACACAAAAUAUUUGAUAUAUUUCCGAAGAUAACUUUUAUGUCAUAUAUGUGAUUUUCUAUUACGUAUGCUUCGUUGCAUACAGUGUACAUCGAGUAUUUUAUUUGAAUUGUUUGCCUAGAUAACUUAUCAAUCUAUGCAACUGCAACAAAAUGUGACGAACUUGUUUGCGCCAAUUAAGUUAUGUACGAUGCAAGAAAUGUGCUGAUUAGCAAUAGUCGAUAAUCUAAUAAUAAAUUCAAUAUAAAGCCA